GAAAUUCUUUUCGAAGCGUGGCAAAGCUAUAAAUUGGACGACAAGUUUGUUCUUCUGAGAUUCAUAGUCACAGUUGUUUCAUCUCACCAUUCUUUAUCACCCUAGGACGAUAUAUACCUUGAGGAAAGUCCCUAUGGCGAAUCCCCAUCCUCCACCUCCUCCACCGGCGGCAAGGCCACUUCUAGGCAAGCAAGCAGCCAGUAAUGACUCACAGAAGCCCCUAUAUCCUGUUGGGAGUUUUGGUAUAGGUGUCGAGGUUGAAUUUCUGUUGGAUCCUCGUGACAGAACUGAAUCCCUGCAUGAUAUUCGAAGCUUCUCAAAGUCGGUGGCUUCUUCUUACAACAAUUUCCUGGCACAAUUCAGGAAUGAUGAGCACCCACAAAUGCACAAUGCGAUCGAUGAAUCGUACUUUGGGCCACAAUUUGCGGAAUGGUCUCUCGAUUCGGAUUCGACAAUACAUAUGCCCAAUAAGGGCUGCGCACCCUGGGGCCUAGAAAGUAUUUCGCCAAUCUUCCGAGCCCACAAAGGCUCCAUUUGGCGUCAACACAUUGAUUUUCUCUGGGUAUUUCUAUCUACACACUACAAUGUUAGUUCAAAUGAUAGCUGCGGCACGCACGUGCACCUCUCACGUGUUGGAGGUUACACGCUUCCAGAGCUCAAGAAAGUAUGUCAGUGUAUUAUACACUUUGAGCCUGCAUUUGAAGCUCUUUUACCGGAAGCAAGAUUAUCAAAUGAGUAUGCACGAAGCAACUGGCUGGACAACGAGAGUUUCGGACAUCGGAAUUUAUCGCGAAAGCAGAGCAUCCAAGCCAUUGAGAAUGUCUCUAAUAUGAGAGAACUAGUUCUUCUCAUGAAUCCGAAUCACGAUAAGAUGUAUGGCUGGAAUUUUCUCUACCUCUUGAACAGCCCACACGGAACGAUCGAGUUCAGAAGAGGGCCUGCAAGUACCUCUGCACAGAAUGUCUUUGUCUGUAUUGAGAUAGCAAUGUCAUUCGUGGGAGCGGCGAUUCAAUUGGCCGAUGUUGGAAGCCUGGAGCAGGUUCCGGCAACCGUGGGUGGUUUGAAGUGGUUUAUCCGCUCAGCGAAUCUUCCAGAUAAGGUACCUGGACUUUACGACUCUAGGUAUCUUGAUCUUCUUUUUGCAGGUAAGGCUGAUUCUGCUUUUCGUGAGCCCAAGCCCCUUGGCAAACUUUCU